GGGGCGGGGCGGGGCGUGUGUGUGCCCGGAGAGCAACAGCGGCAGCAGCGUCUUCUUCUCCUUCUUCGCUGCAGCGUCCGCCUCUGAGUGGGCAGAGCCCCGAGCGCGACACCUUUUCGCAGCGCAGCAGUCCCCCCUCUGCCUCCAGAAGGGGAUGCUGUGCAGCUGCUGCUGACGACUCCCCCCGAGGCUGCUCCCCGCGCGCGCAGCAUCUCUUCCUUCUCCCGGUGGCCAGGGCAAGCGGCGAGACACAGGUGGAUGCAUGCAGGAGACCCGGAGGACCAGCCCUUCGCCGGUGGCCGAAGAACCCAGCGGGGAGCCCUACCCCAUUGGCCAGGAGCUUCUGAGAUCACCUCCGGAGACCAUGUUUAAUGGGGAAACAAGUUCCUCUUCAGCCAGGAACGUUAUCCGGAGCUCCAGCAUCAGCGGGGAGAUGUACAACAUCGAGAAGAGCAAUGGGGGCAACCCAGAUUCAGCUAGUCUCUCAUCCAACAAGAAGAGGCGGUCCAGCCUUGGGGCCAAGAUGGUGGCCAUUGUGGGGCUGUCCCAGUGGAGCAAGAGUACAAUGCAGCUGAACCAUCCCGAUGGGGGCCCAAAGAAACUUCGUAGCAACAUCCGUCGAAGUACAGAGACUGGGAUUGCUGUGGAGAUGAGAAACAGGGUAACACGGCAAGGCAGUCGGGAGUCAACUGAUGGUAGUACCAACAGCAACAGCUCCGAUGGCAUGUUUAUUUUCCCUACAAACCGGCUGGGAGCCGAAAGCCAGUUCAGUGACUUCUUAGAUGGUCUGGGGCCAGCACAAAUUGUGGGACGCCAGACCUUAGCUACUCCGCCGAUGGGUGAUGUCCACAUUGGGAUGAUUGACAGGAAUGGGCAGCUGCAGGUGGAAGUGAUUGAGGCCCGCGGCCUUACUCCAAAGCUAGGAUCCAAGUCUAUCCCUGCCACCUAUGUCAAGGUUUAUCUCUUGGAAAAUGGGGCCUGCCUGGCCAAGAAGAAAACGAAGACAGCCAAGAAGACCUGUGACCCCCUUUACCAGCAGGCCCUGCUCUUCGAUGAGGGUCCUCAGGGCAAGGUGCUACAGGUGAAUGCUUUCCUCCUCUGUAAAGGGUGAUCGUCUGGGGGGAUUAUGGCCGCAUGGACCACAAAUGCUUCAUGGGAAUGGCGCAGAUAGUUCUGGAAGAGCUCGACUUGUCCAGCAUGGUGACAGGCUGGUACAAGCUCUUUCCCACUUCCUCGUUGGCGGACUCCACGAUUGGACCCCUGACACGACGUCUCUCCCAGUCCUCUUUAGAGAGUUCAACAAGUCCCUCUUGUUCUUAAAGAUGGCAAGAGAGAGAAAGAGAAAGGAAGAUAGAAGAAACAAAGAAAGAAUGCUGUUGCCGUUACCACCACCACGGUAGCAUGGUUUGUAAAUAUCCCAUGCCUUUCCUUCUCCCACCACUCCUCCUCCUCCUUCUUCAAGAAGAGAAGCCUGCUUCCUACGAUUUUAGAUGUGCCCCUUUGCUCACUCUGAAGGCAUGUGAUGUCGGAAGAAGAAAUUGCAGAAUGUGGUGGGGGAGGAAUUAAAUGGGGAAGAAAAGUAACAAGCUCUACAGGGGAAUCGGAAACAUAGACAACAACUUGAGACCGACUGCCAGCUCUGAGAUUCGUUCCGUCACCUCAAAUCAAAUGGCCUUUGACAAAGAAUCAACCAUCUUUCAUCUGUAAGCACGUUGGGGGAACACCUCCAGCCUAACUCAAUGAAGUCUCACUGCAAGUAGCAUGAUAACUCAACAGGUUUCUUUUCCCCCCCUGACCAGUAUUUUAUUUCUGUAUCUUCAAAGGGGGAGGCAGAGCUUUUCUCCAAUUUUGUCCCUGUUUUUGUAAAAAAAGAGGAAAACUUUCAACACUAAGUUUUUAAAGGAAUGUAGCAUCUUCAGACGUUAUGUAGCUUGCCAUCUGCUCACAGAUCUCUCUGCAAUAUCCACAUAGACAUUUUCCCUCCUGACAGGAAGUGCCCACUUGCCACUUCCUGCUUCACUUGAGCAAGCAAUUCUUAUCAAUCUCUUUUUGACACACAUGGUAAACUGGCUGAGGGAAAAGAGGGAAGUGGUAAUUCUGCCAAAGUUGUUAAAGGAAAGAAACUCUAAAUGGUGCAUUUGACAUGACUGUUAAGUUUAAAACAUAUUUAAAAUUC